AGCUAGAGAGCUCCAAAUCCAAAAUAACCUGUGCCUUCUUUUGAAUAGUAGGAUUAUAACACCACUACUUAAUUUGUAACAAAUGGUGUAUUUUUCUACAUAUUCUAGAUGAAUAGGCACAGCAAACAACAUUCUUUGUCAAAUAACAGUCCUUUAUUUUAAAAAUAGCAUACAGUCGACUAGAUUAGCUGUACCCGCUUCAAAUAUUCUUUUGAAAGUUUAUUGCAAGAGAAGUUUUUAGACGGUUCCUUUCCUCAACUUUCCUGACUCUCACAUUCUUCAGUAUACAAUAUUUUUAGACAAGUCAAGUGGCUUUGGUCAGUGGUUUGAGUUUGUGGCUAGUAGAGGAAGCAGCAAAGCAAGCUAGGACUAGAUGUAGAUCUACUUGUUGGUACAGUUUUCAGUUUAAUUUCAUUUGUCUGGAUUAUUUUAAGUCAAGACAAACAAGUUAAUAUAAUAAAAAUGGAACUUCUUCAAAAAAUGGAUGAGGCUUUGGCUAAAGGCUUGAGUAAAAAAGAGUUCUUCAACCUGGUUGAACUGGAGUUGAAAUGGGCCGGGAAAAUAGCAACGGCCCAGAACUUUUCUGAAGAUGGAUCUCACAACUCAGUAACCACAUCUUUUGACGUCAUCAAUAUGUUCCAUGAGAUCCUAAGCCAAGUGAAGGAAUAUAGUGGUGAGCUACAGAGAAACAGGGAUGCUCUUGAGCAGAGUAAUGUGUACCACCAGCAGGCAGUCCAGUUGAUAUUACGAUCACAGAAGCUUGAACUGGAUCAAAUGUUCCUGGAGCAGAGCCUCAACUCUCAGAAAUGUAUUGAAGAAAUUAAAAAUGAUAUCGAGGUUUUGAAAGACUCAAAGUUGGAUUCACAAAAUGAUUCUAAAUAUUUGAUAAUAGAUGCUCUAAAACACUCACAGCAAAUAAUUCUUGAUUCUUUAAAAAAGUUAGAUGAUGAGCUAAAUGAAGCAAGGAAUAGUCAACAUAACAUAUUUCAAAAGGAUAAUGCUUACCUACAAAAGAAACUAAGAGAGCUGGCAGGAUCAUUGGAGGAUAACUUUAUUUUAUUGAACAAAAGUGUCACGGCCCUGAAAGAUUCCAUAAAACAUAUGGAGAAGGAACUCCAUUCUAUAAAAACAGACUUUCACAGCCUGAACAGUAAUUCAUUAAGCCACAGCGAGGGGGGAGCAGAUGGCCAGGAAUUGAGCAGGGAGUUUUUUAAUGCUCAAGAAACUGAACAACCUAAGCCGUUAGCCAGUUUUAGCUCUAGCCUGGACACUCUGUUUGAAGCCACUUACAGUGUGCCGUACCAUUACCUCCAAUGCCCAAAAUUAAAUAUCCCGCUACUUGACUGGUUGCGAGAACUGCCGUUGGUCAAAAACAAGCCUUCCCUUCUAUUUGUUGUCUUCUUUGUUGCUUCUUACGUGUUUGUAUACCUGACACUACUAUCCUCAAGGCCCAAGAAAAGAUGGCUCAAAUGGUGAUUAGCUAUUUCCUGCUCUGCUUUAAACCUCAUUGAAAUUUGUUUUAAAAUAUAUAGCAAUAUAUAUAGCAAUUAAAAAAAAAACUUUUUUUGGUCUAGCCAUUUAUAAUUUGUGAUAAAAAUAGAUAAAUUAUUGAAAAUAUGUUAAGAAAUAAUAAUGUAUUAUCUACAAAUACAACCAUUAAUUCUUUAUAUAAUAGUUUUCAAUUUUUGCACUGGAGUACCAGCUUGCCAUUUUAAAAUUAUGUUGAGAUCUUGUUGAUGCUGAACUGUCUUUUGUUGUGUUCUAAAGACAUUGAAACCUUUGAUUGUCACUAAACAGUUAAUAUUUCAGGAAAAUAAAAUUGAUACAACUAUUUCAAAAA